AUAACUACAAUUAAAAUAUAUAUUUACAAUAAUAGAGGUGCUACCAUUUUUAUAUUUUUCUUUUAGUUUUAUAAUUCUAACCACAACUAAUAGAAAUCCAAACCCGUUGAUCAGUUUUAUAACAGUUAUAUAAAUACAAUUACCAUUUGUCAAGUCUGUUAUAAAUUUAUGUACAUUAUAUUUAUUAAUUUAUGAAUAAUGAAUGUUAGAAGCCAGAAUGAAUGUUAAUACAAAAAUUGUAUAACAUAUAACACAUAUAUUUUUUUUACAUGACAAAAGGCAUUUGUUUAGAUGAGUAUCAAAUAAUAAUCAUUGUGUGCGAAAACAUGACAAAAAUAUGAUUAUAAAAUUGAUAGUAUUUCAAAUAUUACAUAAAUACUGUUUCUUGUAUGCAUACACUAUGUAAAAACACAGCCAAUUAUAUUAAACUUCUUAUAAAAUACUGAGUUUGUAUUCUCUUUCCAUUACAAUUUUAUAAUACACUUUCCAAUAUACAUAACAAUGUCAAUUAUUUUCUCCAUAUUUUUAUAAACUGUUACAUUAACAAAUAAAAAAAAUUGUUUUAGACUUGUAAGAAACAAAUACUAAGUACGAUUCACGAAUACUCGUUAUAUAUACUUUACAAUAUCUUAAUAUUGCAAUAUUAAUAUUAACAACUUUUUGCGAUAUAAUAUUUAAAUAUUAAAAAUAAUCAUGAAAUAUAAAUUUUUUUCUACAUAUAUAAAAAUAUACAAUAACAGUGUAGAUCAAAAACUACAAGAAACAAAUAUGUAUAAAUUUUCCUAUAUCUCAUUCUUGAAUGAGUUUAUACCAAUUGAUACAAUAAUACUGUACUUAUAAAGGAACUCCGUCUUUUUUACUAAUGUAAGGAAAAUGUAUUACAAAUGUACCUGGAACAUUCGAUUAAUUUUAUAAAAGAAUAUAAUAUUUAAAUGUUGAAAUAACUUAAUAAAGAAAACGACUCGCAGGCAUAUUAACUGCACCCCGACAGUUACUAGGUGGAGGGUUUUCAUCAUCAGAAUUCUCAUUCUUUCUAAACAAUAUCGAAUUAUGUCGUCCGCGUUGAGAUUUUUCAGCUUGAUGCCUCAAUUCCUCAAUAUAAGCUGUAGUAUCGUUUGCCACCAGUUCUUGUAAAUAUUUACUUAAUGUCGAUAAUUCGGGCUUAUCUUCAUCAUAAAGUCCUUCAAACGGCACAGCUUUUUCAUAAAAUAAUAUAUAAGGCGUAUCCGGUGGUUUUAAAUCUUUAAAGUCAUUAAAUGUCGUUUGUGAAACAUAACUAUCAUUAAAUUUGUACCAAUUCUGCUUUGAAUCGCGAGCAUAAGUGAAAUAAUGGCCAUAAUCCAUACUAUAACCUGAAUGAACAACAGCAGCAUACAAUUGAUAACUUUCUGUAGAUGGUGUAGAUACUGGUAAUUGUAUAAUUUCAUUGUACAUCACUUUGUGCCGCAAUUUUGUUCUUAAUCUGGUAUCGAAAUCAUAACGAAAAUGUUUCAAUAUUAAAAUUAAAUAUGUCGGUGCAUGCAAAAUUUUUAUGAUUCUUUGUGCAUCACAUAAUUUCAUACAUUUAUCGCAACGAUAUUUAUUUUCACCAGUCAAUUUUUCUGGUGUAAGAUAAUAAUUGAUGAGAUCUUGUACAGAAACUUCUUGAUUCUCUUGUAUCUCUUCUGGGAAGCACAACUGUAAGUCACGAAAUUUAUCCGUAUUAUGAGAACUAGUAUCACACUGUGCACACUGAUACGUGAUUUCACAUUUUCCUCCUAGUACUCUGUGCACAAGAGGUAUUUGUGUAUUUGUAUCUUCCCCACCUACAGAUUGUAUUCCACUAUCUGUGGAAUCUGAAUGUGAAUCGCUAAGUUGUUGUACUUGUGCCAAAUCUUCUCCUGUAAUAAAAUCUGCUAAUGACUGUGUUUUUCUCUCCAAUACAAUACUUCCACUUAAAUUUCCUUCAGUUCUCCAACGCUUAAUACAAGCUUCUUCCUCAUUUACUGAUGAAAUAUUAUUUAUUUCUCUAUCAUCCUUGUAUUUAAGAUUAGAAUUAUUAGCCUCACCAUUUACAGUAGUCGACUUUUCUUGCUCGUGUAGAAGGUCUAAAAGAUGACUGAGAAAUUCUGAACUAUCUUGUUGUUGACCCGGUAGAAAAUAAGCAGGACGUGAAGCUAAUAAAAUUUCAGUUGGUGCCAAGGAAAUCCUUUUUGAAUAUAAUAACAAAGCAAACAGAUUUUGCAACUUUUUAAGUACAACUUGAUCAUCAGCUUUGACCAAAGGUUUGUACAUUAAUACUUCGUAACAAAAUUGUCUAGUCAUUAACAAUGCUUGUAAUACACUAUUCAUAUAACAUGUGUUCCCAAGAUUAGAAAGUCCAACUUUUCCCAAAUGUGUUUUUGGUGAUUCAAUUACUGGUUCGAUCUCUUCCAUUUCAUCUAUCCAAACAUGAUCAUUCCAUAUUUCUCUAACAACAUCCAUCCGUGGUUGUACUGGAAAACUAUUUUCCAAGUUAGUACAGAUACGCUGAUUUGAAAAUCUUAAUGUAAGUAUUUUCAUGAUAUCAACUAAAUUUUGUAUACAUUCUUUGCUUGAUUCAGAAUCUUCUUUCAUCAAAAAGAAAGAUAUUACCAUUUGUGUAUUUCUUAUUAUAUUUUGAAACAAGGACGGUGAUCCUUGUUUUUUUAAUAUAUAAAAUACAAUUGUGGAAGCAUUUUGACGAAAUACAGGUAUUGAUAAAGCACGAAACAUUACAUCAAGCUUUGCUUUCGUGACUUCGAUAAGUAUUGAAUAUUUAUGUCGUUUUUCUAAACCACGUAUAAAUUCCAUAAUCCAAAUACUAAGUUGAUCACCUAUCCAUUUUGGAAGCCAACUACAUAAAACUUUCAAAGCUUGUGCUAAUUGGGCAUCAGAACGUGAUUCUGAAAGAAUCCAAUCAACAGCUUGUGGUAUAAUAGAAGGUUCUACCACUUGCAAUACAGCAGCUAAACCAGGUCCAGGAUCUUGUUUUUGUUUGGUAUCAGAUAUUAUUCUGUAUAAUGUUUGCAAACAUAUGAAAAUUAAGUUAUCAUUUUCAAUAUUCUUAGACCUUGAUCUUAUUACUUUUAGGAAGUUUUGUACUUUGGUAGCAUUAUCAUUGAACUCAGAAAUCUUUUUUGGAUCACAAGGCAUCACAAAGGUAGACAAACUAAUAACAACUGCUUCGCAAAGUUUUGAAUGACUCACAGAUUCUGGUAAAUAGACACUAUAUUCCAAUAAUACUUGAAGUAUCAUUGUCAGAUGAGACAUAUCAUUGAUGUCUGUUUUCCUUAACAUUGUUGCAACAUCAUUUGAUAUUGGAUGAACGGUAAAUGGUUUUUCUAUUAAAUAUUUUGAAAACCAAAUCAUGAUCUUCGGAACCUCUUGUAUAUUUCUUAUUUCAUCAUUGAGUAGUUCUCGUAAGAUACUUUCAUAAUUAUUUAACUGUCCAUAAACAGGUUCACUUUCUAAUUUUUUUAGUGUGGUCCAUCCUUCUGCAACGUCUGUAUCUUUACCAACUAUUAUCAAUUUCAAACAUUGUUUAAUGUCGUACUUAAGGAUUUGUUCGGUAUUCAUUGUUCACAAAUUAUUAUUUUAAUACCACUUUAAAUUGCUUCGCUUAUAAUUUUUAGCAAGAAUUAUUAUUAACCUCAACCAAGAAUGACUUUCACGAAAAUCUAAAGGAUUUCAUGAUCCUAGAGAAAUAAAAAAAACAAGUGUCAACUUCGAAACAAAAAAAGUAACUAUAUUUACCGCAAAAAAAUUUACUUUUCAUUUUCAAAACCAUUUAUUUGUUCAAACGAUUAUUUACUUCUGUGGUCUUACAAAUUUACUAUAAAACUGAUACUCCUCUGCUUUCGUUUUAUUUCAAUAUUAAAAAUUGAACAUAAUCAAAAUAAAUGUAUGAAAACAUUUUAUACAUGAAACUAUCAACGCUUAUAAUUUUACAAUUGUAUACAGUGUAAUCGCUUCUAUUAAAUACAAAAAUAUGUUUUAAAAUAUGUUGUUUCUAACAUUGUUUUUAACUAUUAUUCGCGAUAGAUUAUAUGUGACAAGAGGAUUGAAGAGGCGCUAGAAACACGAAAGCGCAAAAUGUUGGCUACACUACAGGUUGUUUCGUUGGUUUCGACACAGCUCGCACGGUACGGGACGGCCAAGAAUAGCAAAGAGCACGCGAAUCUAGCCGUCCUGUAACUGAGUCUGGUGAAGGCGACCGACCGCUCCCUUCGUAGUCCGUCAGAACGUAUUUUAGCAUAUAUUUUUCUUAGUAGAGAAACGCGCGAUCCGCGAUUAAGUCGUAUAUGGAGGUAAGAAGAAGAAAACAAUCAUUUCAGCGUGUCGAAUCACGCAAAGUGAACUGAAGUGAAGUGGCCUCGGCGAAGUGGAGUUCUAAAAGCAGUAGAGAAGGAGAGAGUGAGAAGAAGGGAAAGAAAGAGAAGAAGAGACUGUGUGCGAAGUGGUUAUAAGGUUCUUGAGUGCAAUCGUGCGUGUUUUCGGGCAAUGUCUCUCGAAAGUCGUUCGAGUUCGGCCCUAUUUAAGAGGGCUGAACAACUGAAACGCUGGGAACAGUCCGAAACAAAUCGCGAACCGAUCCAACCACGUCAGGUCGCGCGAAAGAUCAAGUUCUCAGCGGAUUGUGUGUUCCUGGCAGCAUGCGCGGCAGGCGACAAGGAGGAGGUCGUACGUUUACUCCAAAAGGGGGCGGAUAUCAAUACCGGAAAUGUUGAUGGUCUCACAGCAUUACAUCAGGCAUGUAUCAAUGAUGAUCUGGAUAUGGUCGAAUUUUUAGUGGAAAAAGGAGCUGAUAUCAAUUGUGGAGAUAAUGAAGGAUGGACACCAUUGCAUGCAACUGCAUCUUGUGGAUUUAUAUCUAUUGCUAAAUAUUUAAUAGAAAAAGGAUGUAACUUAGCAGCAGUUAACUAUGAUGGCCAAUUAGCUCUUGAUAUUGCUGAAAGUGUUGAAAUGGAAGAUAUGCUGCAACAACAUAUAAGCAAAGCUGGUAUAGACUGUGAUCAAGCCAGAAGUGAGGAAGAAAGAUCAAUGUUAAAUGAUGCUAGAGCAUGGCAGUCAGGAGCAGCUGGCAAGGACUCAAUCCAUCCUAAAUCAGGAGCUACUGCUCUUCAUGUUGCUGCUGCUAAAGGCUAUAUUGAUGUUAUGGAAAUAUUAUUACAAGCUAGAUGUGAUGUUAAUGCUCAAGAUUUUGAUGGGUGGACACCUUUGCAUGCUGCAGCACAUUGGGGACAAUUAGAAGCCUGUGACCUUCUAGUGGAAAAUUUUUGUAAUAUGGACAUUAAGAAUUAUGCUGAUCAAACUGCAUUUGACAUUGCUGAUUCAACUAUAUUAUCAGCUUUGGAGGAAUUAAAAGCAAAACAACAGUUGUUAAUGAAAGAUCAUCCACAAAUUAUUAAUAAGAAACAACCAACUAUACCAAAGAAACGUGUAUCGACAAAUAAUGAAAAUACUAUAACUAUGCAAGAAUCAGUGGAAACAUUUGAAGAAGAGACACCAAAUAAAGUCAAAAAGGUCGAAUUAGAAAUUCAAUCUGAUAAAGAAGAUUCUAGUACUGGAACGAAUAGUGAUGUUGAAGCGACACGUGAAACAGAUAUGGAAGAGAGUGAUGGUGAAGGUGAAUCUGAGACUAGCUCAGACUCACAUUCUUCCACUUACUCCAAUCAAUCUGAUAAGUCUAACGAAUCAAACCAUUCUCCAUGUCUUACAGAUGAUGGCUCCAAUAAUGCCUCCAAAACAACAGACUGAUAGUGAAGAAGGAGUUAUACCAUCUUGGCGACGUUCAGGCUCUUUCAGAAAUAGGGUACAAAAUACAGAAGGAACAUACACUUUGUCUUCGAAGCUUGAAGAAAAGGAUAAAAGUAUUAAAUCGCCAACUAUGUCAAACAAGCUUAAUACAGAACCUGAAGUUGUAUUGACAAGAACACAUAGCUUUGAAACGGAUGAAAAAAAAAAAGAAGCAAAAUUAAACUUGGAACUCUCAAGACUGCCACAAGGAAGCAAUACACUUUCACCAACAACUACAUCUAAAACAAUAGUGUCAAGUACACUGCCAACUACUACAGCUACAGCUACUACAACUGCCACAACAACAGCAGCUACUACUACUACUACUACUACUACUACUACUACUACUACUACUACUACUACUGCUACUACUACUACUACUACUACUACUACUAGUACUACUACUACUACUACUACAAGUCCUAUUCCAACUAAUCAAAUACGCAGUGUUCAACCAGUGGAAGCUACAGCUACAAACAAUUCAGUAGCAGUUCCUGGAACUCCCACUACACCAGGAGGGAGCAAGCUAAGUCCAGGAAAUAUCUUCAAGAAUUUCUUCAAAUCGUUUGUUCCUCCUGUUCGUGAUGAAGAAAGUGAAACACAAAGAAAAGCUCAUGCAAAAAGAGUAAGAGAAACUCGACGUUCAACUCAAGGAGUGACAUUGGAUGAAAUUAAAAGUGCAGAACAACUAGUAAAAAAGAAACAACAAAAUAAUGAAAUUUCUUCUGCAAUAUCAUCUACACAGCCUGCAACUACUACCAGCAACACAGCCUCAAUUACAGCUACAAUAACAACAGCAACUCCUACUACCGUAAUUGCAAAUAAACCUUCCGAAGAACUUAAUUUACCUGAGAGACGCCCUUCGUGGAGAUUGAAAGUGGAUAAUGGAAGCAAGUUAGAAGAUGCCAAUAACAGAGCUACUACAUUAUCUAAUCCAGAUGCUACUACAGCAUACAUGAGAAGACCUUCAGUGGGUACAAGUGUACCAAGACCGUCAUCAGCUCCAGUUGAAACUAUUGCAACGAGUAGUGCAGAAACAACAGUGACUUUACCACUGAGACGAUCGUUAAAACAACCUGAAGAUAAAGAACAAGAUAAGGAAAAUGAUAGUAGAAAUGCACAAGCUACACAAGCUGUUAUACAAAGGAGACGAAGACCCAAAAGAAGAUCUACUGGUGUUGUCCACGUUGAUAUGGACAAAAAGAUCUCAAGGAAAACCAACAACAGCUGCAGGAUUGAGAGCUCAAGCAUCAGCAAAUGGAAAAUCAAUUUUUGGAAACAGAUCACGAAGUAUUAGUGGAUUAUUUCCUUUAAAUCAAAAUAGCUAUUCUGGUUUGUUAGGCAUUACUGGAAAUCCUAUUGGAUUAUCAAAUUUUUUCAAUAAAACUACAAAAAGUAAUGAAUCAUAUAGAAAAACUCCUUAUUCAAAUUCUACAAGUAAUUUGAAUUAUCAAAAUCCAUAUACAACAUAUGGUGGAACAGCAUCAGGGUAUGGAAGUAUAACUCUGCCAAUAAAUAUUAACUCUUUACGUUUACCGCCUUCCAUGAGUUAUAAUUAUUUAAAUCUUAAUUCAAUUAAUCAUCCACAAGUGCAAAGAACAGAAAGCUUUAAUAAAUUAAAAACAAAACCGGAUGCUCAUUUUGGAUCUAGAAGUUCUAGUAUGCAAAGUUUAGCCAGUUCUGAAGGAUACAUUAGUGGAAAUGAUCGAACUGGGAGAUCUAACAGAUUAGGGUCUAUAUCAUCACUAUCCUCAGAAGCACCUUCUAUGUCAGUUAGAAUAAAAUCUACAACUUCUGAGAAUGGAGAAUUAGAUUAUAAAAAAUUGUAUGAAGAAUCUCAAGUAGAAAAUGAAAGACUUAAAGAAAAGCUUAGGCGGUCAGAUGAACAAUUAAGGGAAACCAGAAAUUUAUUGGACAAAGCACAAAGUGCACAAAAUAAAACAGUCUUAUCUGAAGCUGAGAAAAGAGAAAGGAGAGCAAUGGAAAGGAAAUUGUCGGAAAUGGAAGAAGAAUUGAAGGCAAGAAUUAUAAACUUUUUAUGUUUACAUUUUUUAGUUACAGUUAUAUCCAUUGUUUUCUAAAAAUAAUAUUCAAAUAUUAUCAAGAAAUUUAUUAAAUUUAUGAAACAAUUAUUUGAAACAUUUUAAUUUUACUUAUUAUAUAUCAUUAUAUUUUCAUAAAUUUUUUAUGAUUAUAUAUUUUUUAUACAUUUCCUAAUUAGAAUGCACGUUACAAUUUUUUGACAAUUUUUUUGAUUGUUAUAACUAAAUACAGAGGAAGGUGCCAGCAUAUCUGGAGUGGUUAAUUUAAGAAAAAAUUCAAGAAGUAUAAGCAGCUUUUAAUGCAUUGCUUUUUUCUUUAUUUGCCAUUUCUUGGUGCUUUUAUUUUUAGUACUUCUUAUCAAAUAAUCACGCUUAUUUACGCAAUGAUUUUAAUAUUUUUUUUCUUUUUUCUUAUUUUAUUUCAUUUUUUUUUAAUUUAUAAUCUGUGUGAUUUACAUUAUCUAUACAUCUGGUCAAUAAUUGAAAAUGUAAUAAAUGAUGAUAGAGUAUAUAGUAUUAUCUGGUGGGGCUUUUACAAAACAAGCGAAUUUUGGGCUAAUCGUUUCACUGUUUACAGCAAUUACAAAAGCUCAAAGCUGAAAAUGAGAGAUUGAAAGCCGAAAAUCGGGCACUUACCCGCGUCGUAUCCAAACUCACCAAUACUACUAAAUAGGUAAAGGACAUAAUGACAGCAUCUGCGUUAACAGUGUACAUCGUAUUUCACGUACAAUAUUAAUUAAUUAAUUGAUAACUUACGAUUUUUACGUUCUGAUCGCAAUAUUGAAACGAUGUCGCUCACUGACUUAUCUUAUAAUACAGCUUCGCAAAAUAUACUACGCGUAAUUGAUCAUUAAAAUAAGUUUCAUUUUAAGAAUCUAUAACAGCUUAUGGUACAAAAAUUUAAAGCUUUUGUAAAUCUUUUUAAUAGAUAUUAUGCUAUAAUUAUGUAAACAACAUUUUUUUUCUAUUUUACUAAUGAAUAAUACUUACAAUCUUAUAAUAUAUGCAUUUUCAUUCAGUCUUAUACAUUUUAUAUUUUCAGAUUCUUAAAAAUGUGACGUUUAAUAAAAUUUACAAAUAUUUUAUCAUUAAAUCAUUUGUACCAAUAUAAAUAUUACAUUAGUAAAAGCUAAAAUAUCAAAAACCUAGUUAUGUUCUUCCACAAAAUUAAAAAACGCAGCCUGUCCUUUAUUUUAGUUUUAAAAUUGAGUUAAAAGAACUUUAUAAUUAUGAUCAAUAGAACAUGAAUUAUUUCAAAAUAUUUUAAUUUAAAAAAGAAAGUUAUAAAUACCUUUUAUUUCAACUACAUGAAACUUUAGAAAUACUAGUAAUAUUUUUAAACUUUUAUUUUAAACUAAAAGGAAAUAUUUAAAAUCGAUAUUUAAGAACUUAUAUAACAAUACACUUUUUCCUAAAAAAGCAUGUUAAGAAUAAAGUUAUAUUUUAUUGCACUAUGUAUUGUUUGAUACUCACAUUUCAUUGCCCGAUAUAUUAUUAUGCAUAUCAUUCUUUAUUUAUUGUCUAAUAGUAAUUUUAUAAGAUGCAUGAAAAAAUUAAGUAAUUAAGGUAUAAAAUUUGAUCAAAUAAUAAAGAAAUAAUUUACUUAAAAAAUUAUAAUAAAAUUGCAUAAAUUUACAGUACAAAGAGCCAGAAAUAUAAUUAAAAUGUUAACUUCGAAACAGAAAAUAAUAAAUAUGUGUUAAACGAGCCAAGAUAUUGGGGUAUACAUUAGUAAUUGCUUUACGUGCAAUAAUUAUGUUUGCUUCUAUUUUUUAUUUAUGCGUAUAAUUUGAAAAUAUAACAUACUAUUAAAUUAUUAUAAACAUAUAAAUUCUCCAAAGAUUUAAAAAAAAUUAACAAAAUUCAAUAUUUUAGUUUAAUCAUAUUUUUAUUACAUGUGUGCAAGAUUUUUAUAAUAGCAGUAAAAUUAUACCUGCUUGUUAUAUUUUAUAUACACUACUCCUUUAAUUUUGAUGCACCUAAUUGUUAUAGUGUUUUAUAAUUAUAUUAUAAAAUAAUUUCUAAAUCUCUAAUUACAAUAGUAUUUGCUUGUUUCCUAUUUUCUGUUUGAGUUAUUUCAUUUUGUUUUGUGACUAUUUAUAUUUAUUUGACCCACUCUAUAAUGGCAUUGCCUUUGUAUUUUUUCCUUUAUCUUUCUUUUUUUAAAUUUUUUUUAGUAAGGAAUACAAUUAAAAAUAACACAAAGUAGUUUUACAUUUUUUUUUUUUUUCUAGGUGAUGGACCAAUUGAAAUGUGAAAACCAGAGGCUAAAAGAUGAAAACGGUGCCUUGAUAAGAGUAAUC